AGAUUAGAGAUUAUGACCACCAUGCAUUCCCCACGUGUCUUCCUUUUUCGGGUCCGCCAUAGCCACAUUCAGGUGGCACAAUGCAGAUAUUUGUGAAGACCCUUACGGGCAAGACCAUCACUCUUGAGGUCGAACCCAGUGAUACCAUCGAAAAUGUCAAAGCUAAGAUUCAGGACAAAGAGGGUAUCCCUCCAGACCAGCAGAGGCUGAUCUUUGCCGGCAAGCAGCUGGAAGAUGGCCGUACUCUCUCGGACUACAACAUCCAGAAGGAGUCCACCCUUCAUCUUGUGCUCCGCCUUAGAGGAGGAGCCAAAAAGAGGAAGAAGAAGAAUUACACCACCCCAAAGAAGAACAAGCACAAGAAGAAGAAGGUCAAGCUUGCAGUGCUCAAGUACUACAAGGUUGAUGAAAACGGCAAAAUCACACGUCUGCGACGAGAAUGUCCCAACGAGGAGUGUGGAGCUGGAGUAUUCAUGGCCUCUCACUUCGAUAGACAAUACUGCGGAAAGUGUUGCCUCACAUAUGUAUUUAACAAGCCCGAGGAGAAGGCAUAAAGAGUAAAUAAACAUCUUUGGGGAAA